AUGCGGCAUGAACAGCACCGAGCACAUGCGACUCGGUGGGGCUUUAAGCUCGUAGUGGUGAGCCGCGACGACCUGAAACCCACAUUGCACCGCUAUCUGUUCAUCAUCGUCCUCCAUGACAGGGUCUGCGAGCGAGCAAACUGCCGGGUUGUUGAGUAG